CGUCGGUGAAAACGAUAUAACUCGCACUGGAUAAGCCUCGGAGAUGUAAGAAAAAAAACGAGCCUCUCUCGUUGCUCCCUCCUUAAUCCCAGGAGCGGAGUUGAAGGAGGGAAGCCCUGUUCCUGAGUCUCCAUCCGAAACAAAGAUUAGGUUAUUCAUUUGGUUCUCAAGGGAUAUAUAUGGGGCCUAUCUCGUUGAUUGCUAUCAAUGGAGCUAUGCGUCCUUAUAGCUGUUCUUUAAAAGAUCAGCCAAUGCUCUUGUACAGUAAUGGUUCCAGAUUUAGAGUGCGAGUAGGCAAGCUCUUGCCUCUAGGGAUGAAGCAUAGGGAUCUUUCUUCUUCCUAUUCGCUUUCUUGUUUUAGUUCUCAAUUGGAUUCUUUACUGGGUUUUCGUAAGAAAUCCCGAACUGGGAUGCAGUUUGCUAAGCCAGUUGUUGCGAAGGUUGAUGGAAAUAGCAAAGAGAGCUGUACCUAUUUGGGAAUGAAAGGGAAGCAGAAUUCAAGAAGGUGGUUUUCUCUGAGAUUGCGCCCGAGGCUGCGGUUGCUUUCAUAUAGGUUGAAGAGAAUUCCGAUCAGGGAGUUGAUAGAGGAUGCCAAGACCAUGUUGCACAGGAAUUCGAAGAGGGUUACUUUGUCGACAACGGUUUCUUUUGCGCUAGCUGUGUGUUUCUUAUUCUUGAAGUACACGGCGGUGCCUGCCUCAAAGGUUGUUCCAUAUUCUGAUUUGAUAUUGAAUCUUCAGAGCGGGCGUGUGUCGACUGUUCUUUUUGAGGAGAGUUCUCGCAGAAUUUACUUUAACAUGCGUAGUGAUAGCUAUGAGAGUUCAAAGUCGGUAGCGGAGGCAUCAUUGUCUGCUGAUGUUGCAUACGAGAGUGCAUUGACAUCGUCGGAGAGCACAGUGACUGCUGGUGGGAGGAGAGCUAGUUCUACUCCAAAGUGGCAGUACUCUACGAGAAAAAUUGACCACGAUGAGAACUAUCUUCUUGGUUUGAUGAGAGAUAAAGGAACCAUGUAUAGCUCUGCUCCUCAGUCUAUACUUACAUCACUGAGGAACAUUUUGAUCACAGUGAUUUCCCUAUGGAUACCAUUGACUCCUCUAAUGUGGCUGCUUUAUCGGCAGCUUUCAGCCGCCAAUAGCCCUGCAAAGAAGCGUCGCCCUAGUAACCAGAGGGUUAGUUUUGAUGACGUGGAGGGCGUUGAUGCAGCUAAGGAUGAGCUUAUGGAGGUUGUUUGUUGCUUACAAGGAUCAAUAAACUAUGACAAGCUUGGAGCAAAAUUACCUAGAGGUGUGCUGCUUGUGGGUCCUCCAGGAACUGGAAAAACAUUACUAGCCCGUGCAGUAGCUGGAGAAGCAGGAGUUCCAUUCUUUUCAGUUUCUGCUAGCGAGUUUGUAGAAUUGUUUGUUGGAAGAGGAGCAGCACGCAUAAGAGACCUUUUUAAUGUGGCAAAAAAAUGUGCACCAUCUAUAGUAUUUAUUGAUGAGCUGGAUGCAGUGGGAGGGAAGCGUGGUAAAAGUUUUAAUGAUGAGCGAGAUCAAACAUUGAACCAGUUGCUGACAGAAAUGGAUGGAUUUGAGUCAGACACCAAAGUGAUUGUCAUUGCAGCAACAAAUAGGCCAGAAGCAUUAGAUCCAGCUCUCUGCCGACCUGGUCGGUUCUCAAGGAAAGUUCUUGUUGGACAACCAGAUUUGGAUGGGCGGAAAAAGAUUCUUUCUGUCCAUCUAAGGGGAAUACCUCUGGAGGAGGAAUCCCAGAUUAUUUGCAACCUUAUUGCAUCUCUCACCCCAGGCUUUGUUGGUGCUGAUCUAGCCAACAUUGUAAAUGAGGCUGCUCUGCUAGCUGCUCGAAGAGGUGGUGAGACUGUGACCCGAGAAGAUGUAAUGGAGGCAAUUGAACGAGCUAAGUAUGGAAUUAAUGACAGACGAUUGACACCCAGUACACUAAGCAAGGGUCUUGGUAAAUUGUUUCCAUGGAUGCCUUCUUUAGUGGGAAGGGAUGGACCACGAGAUGAUGGUUUAGGAAAUGUGAUGGGCUACCAGGCUUUAAGCUAAUGGUAAUCAUGUUGAGGAAACGCGCUAACAUGUUCCAAAGAGGAGGACAAGACAACAAUGCUGCCUCCGCUGAUGUGCAAACGAUGUGAAUCCAAAAGCUUUUGAUCAUAAAGACUAAGCAAGGGGAGAUACAUAGGUGCCCUCCCUGCUUGCUGAGGAGAGUCCUGGAGGGUCAAUGUUUCAAAGCCUAAGAAUUAUAUCUUAAGCGAGACGUUCUCAUAUAUUUUAUUCAUUUAAGUCUUAGUAUUCUUGCCAAAUUAAAGACCAGAUUCAUUUAAUUGUAACACAAGUAUCAUAAAUCCAAUCAUAAAUACUAUAAUCAAUUCAUGGUCAAUUCAAAUG